AUAACAAAUGAAUUGGGGCAUUUUAAAGGAAUUAUCGUUUUUGGCUGGUCUUUUGUGAAGUAUAAGUGGUUGUCAGUGGACGACAUGCCGUUGGAAGAUAAGUUGUAAGAAAUAAUUCAAUUCCCGUCAAACCACACUUCAAUUUAUCCAAUUUUCGAAAGGGAAACAACCUGCAGCUGCAGCCUGCAGGAAAUUCUAUUAAUAGCAGCCCAGAAUCCAAGAGACUAUAAUGGUUGCAUGCCUUUCAUGCACUGUCAGCACUCCCUGUAGAAGAACUCCAUUUCUGAGCUCUCGCUGUCCCACCAAUAAGCCUAAGUUUGGUUCUCAGGAAGCUCUCAUCUUAAUUCAAAAGUGCUCUAAUUUCACCCAUCUCAAGCUUAUUCACGCUAAGAUCAUUCGGAAUGACCUUUCUUAUGAUCAAUUGCUUGUUAGAAAAUUGCUUCACUUGUGCUUCUCUUAUGGGAAAAUGGAUUAUGCCACUCUGCUUUUCCAUCGAAUCCCACACCCGCAUACCUUUACUUGGAAUUUCACGAUUAGAGCCUAUACCCAUAAUGGUUACUCUCAACAAGCUAUUCUUCUUUAUAACCUUAUGAUAUGCCGGGGCUUUUCGCCUGAUAAGUUCACUUUUCCCUUCGUUGUCAAAGCUUGCUUGGCCUCUUUUGCUCUUGAUAAAGGAAAGGAGGUUCAUGGAUUUGCUAUUAAAACUGGGUUUUGGAAAGACACUUUUUUGCACAACACUUUGAUGGAUAUUUAUUUCAAGUGCGGGGAUGUGGAUUAUGGGCGUAAAGUGUUUGACAAAAUGCGUGUACGUAGCGUUGUCUCGUGGACCACUUUCGUUGCUGGACUUGUUGCUUGCGGGGAACUGGAUGCUGCUCGUGGGGCUUUCGACCAAAUGCCAAUGAGAAAUGUUGUUUCUUGGACGGCAAUGAUUAAUGGGUAUGUGAAGAACCAACGACCACAGGAGGCGUUUGAACUGUUCUGGAGAAUGCAGCUUUAUAAUGUGAGGCCCAAUGAUUUUACACUGGUUGGCUUGUUAAAAGCAUGUACUGAACUGGGAAGUCUCCAGUUGGGUAGCUGGCUUCAUGACUAUGCUCUGAAAAAUGGAUUCAAACUGGGGGUUUUCCUUGGGACUGCUCUUAUUGACAUGUAUAGCAAAUGUGGUAGUUUGGAGAAUGCCAAGCAAGUAUUUGACCAGAUGCCAAUCAAGAGUUUGGCUACUUGGAAUUCGAUGAUCACUAGCUUGGGGGUGCAUGGGUGGGGAAAGGAGGCCCUUGCUGCUUUUGCAAAGAUGGAGGAGGCAAAUGUUCAACCGGACGCAAUCACUUUUGUAGGUGUUUUAUGUGCUUGUGUGCAGAUAAAUAACGUAGAAGAAGGUGGUAGGUACUUCAAAUAUAUGAAAGAAUGCUAUGGCAUUACACCUGUGUUAGAACAUUAUACUUGCAUGGUUGAACUUUAUACUCGUGCCAACAUGUUGAGUGAGGCUAGUGAAUUAGUGAACUCCAUGCCAAUGAAGCUGAAUGACAGUGCAGAAGCAGUAUUGAUUUGGCCAAGUAUAAUUGAUGGUAUGGCUGAAACGGACAGCUUUUUUGAGCACCAUGGUAAGGAUUUAUACUGCUUUGAAACAGCUACACGCCAAUUGUCCCAAAAUCAGUUUUGGUGCUUCAAGUGGGAUGUUGGUUGACUCAACGGAUCAUUUCUGACCACAUUAUUGUUAUUAAUUGCGAUACAAAAUGAGAAUUUUGUACAAAUAUGUGACAGCUUAUGACAUAUACUAUGCUUUUUAUCUCCAUUACUUGUAACAUUGUUCAUAGCUGAGAACAGCUUAUUCAAGUAGAUAUGACAAAUGGUGUGAAUUUAUAUACAUCAAAUAGUUGUGCAUAAAUUGAUCAUUUAGCCAAAUUCAACAUUAGACAAA